CCGGAUGAUAUUUCAAUUGGGCCAUUCAAGCAGACCAAACCCAUAAAAACGUGCUGUUUACUUGGAGUCAUUGGCCGGAUACUCAUGUGUUCCCUUGCUAAAGCUCUACCGCUGUUAUGAAUGCCUUAGCCGUGAUUGCGUUUGAUAAAUGCUGAAUAGCAUACCCACCAAAAUUACUGCAUCUGUGACCGUUGCGUGCGUCGGACAACCUAAGGUGUUUCGUGGUAAGAUGGGGUGUAUCAAAGUUUAUAACUCCACCAAGUCGCCGCUCACAAUCAGAGAUCACUACGUCCUGACUGCGACUCCGAAGUCGGGAUAUGAUGGCGCCUUGCGUUAUAGCAUCGCCGCCGGUGACAUCAAGAAAAUUCCUAUUGACGACUUUCUUGAGAAGGCGGCGAGGAAUCGGAAGCCUCAAGAGAUUCAUGUCAAUGUUGGUGGAGAGACCCACCUAGUUUGGGAACAUGAAGAAUUCAUAAGCAACGAGGGGAAGGAGGUCAUUUUGAAGAUGGGAGGUGACGGUGUUCUGCAUUCGAGCUUCGUUGCACCGGGAGGAAUAUCUGCUCUCCGAACAGAAAAAAAAACGAUGCCUCAGUGGAUCAGGAACAUAUUUUCCUUUCCAAGUGCUGGAGCUAACGUGGAAUCUCCAGUUGCUGAGCUGGGUUUAAUGUCAGCUGGUGCACUGGAAGCUGGAAUUGCUGUUUCUGGAGCUGAACUAUGCUAGUGCUAUGUGUAGUAUAAAAUCUUAUGUUGUAGGGAAUUGCAACCUGUCUGUUAUAUGUAGCAUGUCAACUUGAGAGUUGUUCUUUUUGGUGUUGGUUCAUAUUGAAUGACAGUGGCAAUAGAAGAGUUGAUGGGUGAAGGUUGUGAAUUUGAGAAUUCUUAUGAAAUGCUCCAUGAUCAUCGGUUAUGUGGUAAUUUUUCAUUCUCACA